AUGCAAACUCACGACGAUGACGUCGACAAGGAAAUUGGCUACGACUCCGAUUCCGCGUUGGAUAUGGAUCUAGAGGGUGACGAGUUGGGUGAGGUGGAAUCGGAUUCCUCAUCAUUGUCCAUCCCCAACGAGAGUAUCGAUUUUAAUCUUGUUUACGCACUGCAUUCCUUCCCAGCCGAUGUAGAUGGACAAGCAAAUGUCACAAAGGGAGACAGUCUCUUUCUGAUUGACUCGUCUAACUCGUACUGGUGGCUUGUAAGGGUGCUGAAGACUCAAGAAGUAGGGUAUAUUCCCGCCGAAAACAUUGAAACACCGCUGGAACGACUAGCGCGCCUCAACAAACACCGCAAUGUUGACCUAACCUCUGCAACUCACGACGAGCUUCAAUCUGACCUCAGCAUCUCUGCUGCUCACGUUCGGGACAUCUUGAGGCGGUCUGAAUCACCAUCGCCACUUAUUCCCGGAAAGAGUGUGAAUACUGUUAGAAACCCAUUGGACUCGAGCCAAUCCCUUGCCUUCUCCUGCUCCCUUCAAGUGCACCGCUACCCGCCUGCUGUUUGGGCUCUCGACGAGUGGUUAAUCGAACGAGAAGAAUGGCGAGCUGCCACUAUCACUGAUAGUAGUGAUUAUGAGUAUGACCUCCUCGCAUUUGACGAUGACCAAGACCACGAAGAAGGGGAAUGGGAUGUCGGAAACUACGAGGCGGAAGAUCAAGAGCUUGCAGCAGAGAAGAAGGCUAUGAUGACGAAAUCAGCCCAGAAUCCUCACCAGCCGGCGCCCGUUUCUCAGUCAAUUCUUGUCCCUCAAGCGGACGCACCGGCAAUGGGUAAAGAUACUCACAAAGAGAGGCGGGAUCGCGAAUCAGCACAAACACUGAAAACCGUAGAGUCACCGAAGGUGCCUUCGUCAGCCGCCGUCUCUCCGGACAUCCGCGUCAUGUUGGUAGAUGGGGACAGUGAAUACCACGCCAGAGAGCAGGCACCUAUACCGAUGGAAGGCAGCACGUCCACAGGAGCGGAGAUUGUAACUCCGACAGUCGUUGUAUCGGCUCCCUCUACACAAACACUGACAGCCAGCAGCUCCCCUGCUGCUGGGAAGCUGAGAAAAGACCGCAAUUCAGCGAGUGACGAUGACAGAGAUGCUAAAAAGAAGAAGGGGAACAGCGUUUUCGGACUAUUUUCGAGAAGAAAUGCCAAAGAGAAAGGCAAGAGUUCUUCGAGCUCUGAGAGCGAGGUUGGGGGUAGAUUCUCGGACGAUUCUUCUGUGCGACAAUCGACAAGCAGCUCUGGAUCAGUUGACACGCCGCUCGCCGCUAAACCUCGACCACAACAACAACCUUCCAGCCUACGAAAUCAAGCCACCUCGCUCCAAGCAUCCACCACUUCUCAACCACUUCAACGGGAAGAAGAACAUACUUUGCAAUCCCUCAGGCCUUCCUCCCUCAAAGCGCAAGUCCAACAGCCUAAUAUCAUCGCCAAUGUGGGGAGCUCCCCUCCAACUUCAUUAUUAAGCUCUCUUGUCACCCCUCGUUCUCGUCCCGGUUCUCUUGUCCUCGUCCAAUCAACUGGAGAUGGUACCGGCGUUCCAGAGCUCAGUGUAAUUCGCGUUUUUGCUGGACCUACUCUCCAAGUAGAGACAAUAGCGACGUUCAAAACUGCGCUUAUUAACUUGUCAACUACUUCUGAAGAGCUAAUCAAACAGGCUGUCAACCGCUUCCGCCUGGACCACGUUGACCCCCAGGAUUACCAGUUGACCGUUAAACGCGUUGAUGGCACCACCACCGUCCUUGGAGCUGAUGAGCGACCACUCAUAGUUUUUGAGGGCUUGGUGGAUGGUCGAAUCAACAAGAGGAGCAGCAUCGGUAGUAUUGGCUCUCUAACAAGCAUCCUUUCCAGCGACUUCACCGAUGAUUCUGCUGGCAAAUUCUACCUUGAUCGGAAGAUUCCGGAUGAACCAGUCGUAAACGCGCACGCUUCUGUUCCACCAGAUACGCACUUCGCACUACAACUGACAAUCUAUUCUACGGAUCUCCCUGAUGGCAUGAUUUUCGACCCACUCACGGAGGCAAUUAUCUAUAAAAAUCCACUAAAUCUGAUAGGUUCUUCAAACACUAGCGCUCGGCAUGUCUCUCAAACAAAAAAACGAAAUAUUUUUACUUUUCCUGUCAAUUCUACGGUGACAGACGUCAUCGAGUCGAGCCUUGAGCGACUGGGAAUCGAAUCGGGUGUCGUUGAUGGCGGCGACGAAGUGGAGGACAAGAUUUCUCAGAAGAAGGGUCUACUACAUGUAAGAUAUAGGCUCAAUAUUGACGAUGGGAAUGGAAAAGAACGUGAACUUGGGCCGUCUAGUAGAAUCAUUGACGCUCUGCCGCAACCCGUACCGAGAACGAACGCCGGCGGGCUCGAAUCUUCGCAGAUCUUGACCCCCGCUGAUCCUAUGUUCAUUCUUCGUCGAGCAACGUCUUAUCGAAUUUCGACAGCGUCCAGGCACAGCAUCUCUGGCGCUCUUGACGAGAUCGCCCUGGCUAAACUAUAUCGCAACUCGGUGGCUAGUACAACCUCUGCCACCAGUGUUGAAUCGGCACCUCCAAACCUAGCAAGUAUGGGCAUGUCACGUCAGGAGCUAAUUGUGGCCCAACGCAAAAUGACACGUGCUAAUCAGCAAGCCAUCCUCUCAACCUCGACACAAUCUGCCCAUGGACCAGGACCAGAAAUCAGCGAACGCCAGCAACCACUCAAGUCGCUAGAAAGGGAGUCGGAUAGGAACACUUCACCAUUGCUCGAAACGCCCUUGACCGACAGGCAUGCGCCACCUCAACUCUCUACAAUAGCAUCUUUACCGCCCCAAACUCCAGCAGUCAAACUUUUCCUCCCUCGAGACGAUUUUGGACUUUCUCAUAUGAUGUCGAUUAUUGAGUUGCGUGCUUCUCAGUCCCACCCUCGUCAAGUCCAUGGAAAGCAACAUCCUAUCGAAGAAAUGAUCUUUGGUCGAGAAUUGGACCUAAGCAGUUUGCACCCCCGCAUUCGGAGCGGAUAUGCGAAUAGCUUCAAGCUUUUUGAGGAAACUGAUCUUACGUUUGUUGACGUCCUUCGCGAUGAGCUGCGAAAAAACCGGGAACUCCAGGAAAAUGUCAAGCAAUUGCAAGGCGACGUGGACAAAUUGCAAGACUCCGAGACAAUGAAGCGUGCCAGAGCAGCAUAUGAACGGGCUCGUCUGACUUCGAGUAUAAAAGAGAAUCCUCGAUUACGCGCCGCUGCGGAGGAACUGAAAAAAACUGGUGUCAAGGUCGGCGAUGCCGUGUCUGAAGCCCUCAAAACGAUGGAAGAGAGCGAGCUAAUGCGCGCCAUUUCUAAAGCCUCAGCAGCCGUCUCCGCUUCAAUAGAGAAGUCCACUGAGCCAAUUCGCAAUACGGCGGCAUAUAAAGCUCUGUCAGAGACUUUGGUCGAUGCUUUGGAUGAUAGUGGUAGCGCAAAACAUGCUGGUUUUGAAGAACGAGAGGCAAGGAGACUGCGUCGUCAGAGACGACUGGCCAAAGCUGGGAUUGCGCGUGGCCCUUCAGCAAAAGUAAUGGCCAAUCCAGAAGCGGGUUCAGCCGUGGUUCUUCAUAAGGACUCUCCCAGACAGGAAAAGUGGAAUCGUCUAAAAGAGACUAAUCCCAUCUUCAAGACGAUUGCCUCAAUGCGACAAGCCUUUGACGAGUCCGAGAAUCCAGUCGUCGUCUCGAUGCGAAGCGUAACCGACACGGUGGGCUCAUGGUUCGAGGAGAAUGAGACUGCACAAGUGAUGCGACUGAUGAAAAAUAUGGACCCACACUUCACAAGGGAGAAUUUCGACCGCGAACUUCGCGAAUAUAUUGUUCCAGAAGUCGUGGAUGCCUACUUGUCCGCAGACCAGGCUUCUCUCAAGGCCUGGUGUGGGGAAGCUACUUACAACGUGUUAUGGGCGACCAUGGAGCAGUACCUCAAGCAUGGGCUUAUUAGUGAUAGUAAAGUCCUGGACAUUCGGCAGGUCGAUGUUUCCGCGGGCAAGAUCUUGGAUAACGAAAUCCCUGUGUUCGUUAUUUCCUUCUCCACGCAAGAAAUCUUGCUUUUCCGUAACGCCGUAAGCGGUGAAAUUGUGGACGGUGCGGAGGACAAAGUUGAGCAAUGUAUCUAUGUCGCAGCUGUGACGCGUAUAGAGGAAGAGCUGGAUAACGAAUUAACUGGAGGCUGGAAGGUCAUAGAGAUGGCGCGGAGAAGCGCAAGGGCAUAUCUUUAG